AUGUCGAUGGCGCCGAAGCGGAAGCUUAGCAUGGGGCGGCAGAAGAUCGAGAUCCGGCGGAUCGAGAGCGAGGAGGCGCGGCAGGUGUGCUUCUCCAAGCGCCGGGCGGGGCUGUUCAAGAAGGUGAGCGAGCUGGCCGUGCUCUGCGGCGCCGAGGUGGCCGCCGUCGUCUUCUCCCCGGCCGGCAAGGCCUUCUCCUUCGGCCACCCCUCCGUCGAGGCCAUCCUCGACCGCUUCCUCCCCUCCGCGGCGCAGGUCGGGCCGGCGGCGGGCUGCGCGGGCCUCGGCGCCGCCGGCGACCGCAACCUGGCCGAGCUGAACCGGCAGUACGGCCAGCUGCGCGAGCAGCUGGAGGCGGAGAAGGCGCGGAAGGAGCGCGCGGAGGUGGCCAUGGAGAAGGAGCGCGCCACGGGGAGCCCCGUGGCGGCGUGGCUCGACGCCGACCUGCGCGACCUGGGCGAGGAGGAGCUGAUGGCCUUCGCCGCCGCGCUGGUGGACGUGCAGGCCGCCGUCUCCGCCCGCGCCAACCAGGUGCUCCAGGAGGCGCUGGACGUCGGCCGCGCCAGGAGCGCCAGCCGCAUGCUCAUGGCGGCCCCGCAGCAGCAGCAGCAGCUCGCCGGCGGCGGUGGCUUUGAGUUCGGUAGCUGCAGCGUGAACUCCAGGAAUGAGAUGGAGAUGCAGCAGAUGUUGAUGGCCAUGCCGCCACCGCCGGAGUUCGCCGCUGCCGGAAUGGAGAUGGUGCAACAGGGGCUCGGCCCGAACGCCGGCUUCCCCUACUGA